AUGUUCUCCUGCAAUAACUACUUGUCUGGGCUUUCCCUCCUUGGAGUCCUGGCACUUGCAUCCGCAAAUCGAUAUGAAUCUGAAGUCAUGAACCAAGCAAUGGUUGAUGGUGCGAGCCACACCAUCCAGGUUGAUGACGACUUUGUCAUCUGCGAUGUUGACAUCGAAGUAGAUAUCGUGCGUGGAAAUUCAUCUGCUGUGCACAUUGACCUCUCCUUUGGUGGUAUGACAGUCGACCUUGCAAAUGUUGAGCUUUGUAGCCUGAACGCAAUUUUUGAUGAUUCCAGCACCACUACAGUUGACAGUGUUGUUGGCUGCGUGUCAUAUGGCACCUAUCAGCCACAAGGGAGCCUGUCUGUCUUCAAUAGCGAGUCUUCACAAGGCUCCUGGACGCUAGAGUUUCCAAGUUUCAGUGGCUUCAACAUACUUACUCAAUGGGCUGUGAUUCUUACACCUUGUGAAGGAGCUGGCACUGGGGACCCCCACUUCAAGACCUGGGCAAACAAGUGGUAUGAUUUCCAUGGAGUUUGUGACUUGGUCUUCCUAAGUAACCCAAAGUUUGCACAAGGCACUGGACUGGAGAUCCAUAUUCGAACCAAGGCCCGAUACCAGUAUUCUUACAUUGAGUCAGCAGCCAUCCAACUUGGAGAAGAUAUCCUGGAGGUUGGUGCCUAUGGUGGAUACAUGUUGAAUGGCAUCUCAAAUGCUGAUCUGGAUAAGCUUGACAAAUACACUAUCACUCAUCAAAUGGUCAGCUCCAAGCAGAGUGUUUUCAUCGUUGAACUUGGAGAGGGAAAGCAAAUUGUGAUCCAGUCGUUCAAGGAUCUCGUCAGCGUCAAGACGGUGGGUGCCAGCUUUGAGGAGUACGGAGGCAGCAUGGGUCUUUUGGGAGAAUUUGGAACUGGCCAGUGGCUUUCUCGGAAUGGAACAGUCAUGUCUGAUGCUGAUGCCUUUGGCAAUGAGUGGCAAGUUCUGGAGACAGAGCCCAAGCUCUUCCAGAUGGAAAGGUUUCCCCAGCACCCAGUGCAGUGCACCAUGCCAAGUCAUGGGAAGGUUGGUCGCCGACUUGGUGAAUCCAUUGCUGAGGCUGCUGCUGAGAAGGCCUGUGAACAUUGGGGAGACCUGAAGGACCAGUGUGUCUACGAUGUCAUGGCAGCUGGAGACUUGGAGCUUGCCGAGGCUGGAGCAUUCUAG